AUGGGCACAGUGGUCAUUAUCACCAACAGCGCACCUGGCUGGGUGGAUCAGUCCUGUCAGAUUUUCAUGCCGCAGAUCUUGCAGCAGAUCCGGAGCUACCAGAUUUUUGCAAAGCCAUUGCACGCACCUCUUACCUUCAAGAUUUCGACAUUCCGCAGGGAAUGCAAAAAGUUCAUGAACUUGAUAUCCAUCGGGGAUGGAGAUGCUGAGCGUGCUGCUAGCCUAAGGCUGCAGGCACCAGAGCGAAAAGGAUCAUUUGGUGAGGAAAGACAACGCGUCAAAUCAGUGAAGCUCAUCGAGCUUCCGACAUGUCAGCAAUUGAUAGUCCAACACGAGAUGUUGCAGGUGCGGCUUCCAGAUGUCACAGCUUUCCUGGGAUGUUUGGACCUGAAAUCUCGCUUUCCAAGCAGCAGCUCACCCGGCAAGGCAGCUGGCCCAACACUGGUGCACUUUGGGCGACCAACGGGCAUGCUGGUCAGUCCGACCACACCUGUGAGGGAAACCCAGGUGGUUGCUUCACCGCAUCGUGCUGUUGGUGGGCAGUUGCCACCUUUGAGUGGCCCAGGAAAGGCUGGUGAAGCAGAGCUCAGCCCCAGCAGGCGCUGA